UCGCUGGAAUUGUUCUGUUGCCAUCUACUAGCUCUUCUCGAGUCCCCUUACCACUAGCUUUGUUCCCAGCAACCCCACAGUUUCACCAUGACCACGGUCAUUGCCGAAGGGCUUGAAAAGGCUCAUGAAGCCGUCAUGACGGCUGCUUCUAAGAAUAAGAAGACGGUCGACUUAGAGCGCGACCUGGUUGAUGUCACUACUAACCAGCGUCAGACCACCGACCACGGCGUGCCCAUUAGCAAUACCGACAACUGGCUGCGGUCAGUCGACGACCGCUGCACAGGUCCAUCGCUACUGGAGGAUCAGAUUGCGCGCGAAAAGCGGAUUCCCGAAUGUGUUGUUCAUGCCCGUGGAACCGGCGCUUUCGGAAACUUUAAGCUACUUGAGAACUGCGAGGACGUCACCUAUGCCAAGGUCCUAACUAAUACAUCGCGGAAUACACCAGUCUUCGUCCGCUUUUCCACCGUGCAGGGUAGCAAGGGAAGCGCCGACACGGUGCGUGAUGUUCGUGGGUUCGCGACCAAAUUCUACACCGACGAGGGUAAUUGGGACCUGGUUAGAAAUAACAUCCCGGUUUUCUUCAUCCAGGAUGCCAUCAAGUUCCCUGAUUUCGUCCAUGCUGUCAAGCCCGAACCCCACAAUGAGGUUCCUCAAGCGCAGACCGCCCAUAAUAACUUCUGGGACUUUUGCUACCUGCACCCAGAAGCCACUCAUAUGUUCAUGUGGGCCAUGUCGGAUCGCGCGAUCCCCCAGUCCUACCGGAUGAUGCAAGGGUUUGGUGUUAACACCUUCUUGCUCAUCAACAAGGAGGGCAAGCGCUACUUGGAUCUGUUAAUCCAGACCAUCCCUGAGGAGAAACAGGAUGACUUUGAAUUCAAUAUUCUUGACGCGACCAAGAUCUGGCCAGAGGAUCUGGUUCCGCCCCGCACCAUUGGUGUGCUCGAGCUCAACCGCAACGUGGAUGAGUUCUUCCCGCAGACAGAGCAGGUCGCAUUCUAUACCUCGCACAUUAUUCCCGGUAUCAACUUCUCUGAUGACCCUCUCCUCCAGGGCCGCAACUUCUCCUACUUUGACACCCAGAUUAGCCGUCUCGGAAUUAAUUGGGAGGAGCUGCCCAUCAACCGCCCUGUCUGCCCCGUGCUGAAUCACAAUCGCGAUGGUGCCAUGAAGCACCGCAUUACUAAGGGUAGUAUCAACUACUGGCCCAACCGCUUCGAGGCGGCGAAGCCCGACGAACCCGCUCCCCAGGGUGCUUUCGGUUUUGAGCUGGACCACUGCGAUGAUCACAUCGUCUACGAGCGCAUGGCGGGCAAGUGUCUGGCUGAGAUCAACCUGACCCUGGCGCAGCAGGUGGCGGAAGUUGUGGGCGCCCUGAUUCUCCAGAAGGCCCUCAUGGCCAACCACGGCCGGAAGACUAUCUAUCUUUCCCAGACCGAGUUUCCUCCCAAGACUCCAACCAUUGCCAGUCGACGCAUUGCUAUCAUGAUUGGCGACAGAUACGACCCGGUGGCUUACAAGGGGAUUCAGACUGCCGUGAAGGUGGCGGGUGCCCUGCUGUUCGUUAUCGGCACCAAGCGGUCGCCCAUCUAUGCUGACGGUGAAUCGAAGGAGACAUUACAGGGCAUUAUUGCCGACCACCAGUACGAUGGACAGCGAUCGACCAUGUUUGAUGCGACGUUCAUUCCCGGUGGACCACACGUGGAGACGCUGCGGAAGAACGGGCAGAUUCGGUACUGGAUUGCUGAGACGUUUGGCCACCUCAAGCCACUGGCUGGUAUGGGUGAAGCGGCCGAGCUAAUGAAGGAGGCGCUGGGUAGCGUGCUGGACGUGCAAGUGGUUACCAACUCCAAUGCACAGCCCGUGGAGUGGUAUGGCGUGGUCACGGCCGGUGGCGUGCAGAAGCCGGAGAGCUUUAAGGAGAGCGUGGAGAUUGCGAAGGGCGCCAAGGAUUUCGUGGGCAUGUUCUUCUACCAGAUCGCGCAGCACCGGAACUACCAGCGCGAGCUGGAUGGGCUGAGCUCGACGGUCGCGUGGUAGGCUUUAAGCUUCCAGUCGGAUGACGGUGUAAAUUGUCAUGAUGGGAUUGCAAAUGUAUGCUAGGAUAAUUACUACUUAAGGUAC